UUCUUCUUCUUCCUCUCAUCAUCACUCAAACAUCUCUUUCUUUUAGCUCUCUAAUUUUCCCUCUUUCUUCUUAAAUCCAAGAAUUUCCUAAAUUCUUCUUCUAGAAUUCUAAAAAAUUUCAUUUUUUGAAUUUAAUUAAGCAUAAAAAAAUCAAUGGCUUCUAGAAUCUUCUUCUCUGUUUCUUUGGUAUUGGCAAUUGUACUCUUUUCCAGUUUUGCUGAAGCAAAAGAUCAUCUUGUUGGUGGUACUGCUGAUGCUUGGAAAGUUCCUUCAGAAUCUGAUUCACUCAACAAAUGGGCUCAAAAAAACAGAUUCCAAAUUGGUGAUAAUCUUGUAUGGAAGUAUGACAACAAGCAAGACUCAGUAUUGCAAGUGACAAGAGAAGCAUACUUAAGCUGCAACACCAGCAGUCCAGUAGCAGAAUACAAGGAUGGUCAAACCAAGUUUGAACUAAAGAAACCAGGACCAUACUACUUCAUCAGUGGAACUCAGGCUAACUGUCAGAAGGGUGAGAAGGUCAUUGUGGUUGUUAUGUCUGCCCAAAGCAGGCGGUCCGGUGCCGCUUCACCGGCUUUUGCCCCUUCUCCUUCCCCGAAUUCGGAAGCCCAGACUCCUGCUGUUGCUCCCACUAGUGGUGCUGCAGGGAUCAAGGGUAGUGGUGUGAUGGUUGUUGUUGGGGUUUUGGUUGGGUUUCUUAUGAUGUGAUUUUACUAGUUUAUGAAACAAUGUUAUUACAUCUAGGUGAAGAAUUUUAUUAACAUAAAGGCAAAAUCUUUGGAUUUUCCUUUUCUUUUUAGUUUCUUUUUUGGUUGAUUAUCAUAUGUAGUAGUAUGUGUUCUCUGAAGUUAUAUCAAUUAAUUUAUUCUUUAUUUGUUUUAUGAUGGUCUCACUCCUUAAUCUGCCCCUAAUUACUCUGUC